AUGGCGUACCAAGGCCACGGCGGCCAGGGCCAAGGCCACGAGUACGGAAGUGGAGGACACCCAAUGCAGGACCUACCUCCUGGCGGAAACUAUCACAUGCCGCCUCAGGAGCACGACGACGACGCCGGCCGCUACCUGCUUAAUGAGCCCCCUUCAAUGGGUUACGAGCACGACCGUCUCGGCGCCGGCACGCCCCCUGACCGCCCCGUCUCCGCGUACAGCCUCACUGAGUCGUAUGCCCCGGGAGCUGCGCAGCAUCCCGGAGCCGGCUCGGGCGCGUUGGGCGAGCACGCGUACGGUCAGUUCCCGCAGGACGGCUACCCCUACGACCGCCCGGCCUCGACCUUCAACGAUGAGGAAGACAGCUGGAUGCAGCGGCAACAGCAGCCCGCCGGCUUCGGCCAGGGCGGCGGCCUGAAGCGCUACAAUACCCGCAAGGUCAAGCUCGUUCAGGGCUCCGUCCUCAGUAUCGAUUAUCCCGUGCCCAGCGCCAUCAAGAACGCGGUACAGCCUCAGUACCGCGACGUCGAAGGCGGCAACGAGGAGUUUAUGAAGAUGCGCUACACGGCUGCCACCUGCGACCCCAACGAGUUCACGCUCAAGAACGGCUACGAUUUGCGGCCCCGCAUGUAUAACCGACACACGGAGCUUCUCAUCGCCAUUACGUACUACAACGAGGACAAGGUCCUGCUCUCGCGAACUCUCCACGGUGUCAUGCAGAAUAUCCGCGACAUUGUCAACCUCAAGAAGUCGACCUUCUGGAACAAGGGCGGCCCCGCCUGGCAGAAGAUUGUCGUCUGCUUGGUCUUUGACGGUAUCGAAAAGGCUGACAAGAACGUUCUCGACGUCCUCGCCACCGUCGGCAUCUACCAAGACGGUGUCAUCAAGAAGGACGUUGAUGGCAAGGAGACCGUGGCCCACAUCUUCGAGUACACCAGCCAGCUGUCCGUGACGCCCGGCCAGCAGCUCAUCCGCCCGACAGGCGACAGCCCGCAGAACCUGCCGCCCGUCCAGUUCAUCUUCUGCCUGAAGCAGAAGAACAGCAAGAAGAUCAACUCGCACCGCUGGCUCUUCAACGCCUUUGGCCGCAUCCUGAACCCCGAAGUCACCAUCCUCAUCGACGCCGGUACCAAGCCCAGCCCCCGCUCCCUGCUCGCGCUGUGGGAGGGCUUCUACAACGACAAGGACCUGGGAGGUGCUUGCGGUGAAAUUCACGCCAUGUUGGGUAAGGGCGGCAAGAAGCUCUUCAACCCCCUCGUCGCGGUCCAGAACUUUGAGUACAAGAUUUCCAACAUUCUCGACAAGCCUCUCGAGUCCUCGUUCGGCUACGUCAGCGUGUUGCCCGGUGCCUUCUCCGCCUAUCGAUUUAGAGCAAUCAUGGGCCGGCCGCUGGAGCAGUACUUCCACGGCGACCACACGCUGUCCAAGAUCCUGGGCAAGAAGGGCAUUGACGGCAUGAACAUUUUCAAAAAGAACAUGUUCUUGGCCGAGGACCGAAUUCUGUGUUUCGAGCUGGUCGCCAAGGCCGGUCAGAAGUGGCACUUGACGUACAUCAAGGCCGCCAAGGGUGAGACCGAUGUCCCGGAGGGCGCCGCCGAGUUCAUCAGCCAGCGUCGUCGUUGGCUCAACGGUUCCUUUGCUGCCUCGCUGUACUCCUUGAUGCACUUUGGUCGAAUCUACAAGAGCGGUCACAACAUUAUCCGCAUGUUCUUCUUCCACAUCCAGCUCAUCUACAACUUCCUCAACCUGAUCUUCUCCUGGUUCUCCCUGGCCUCUUACUACCUGACGACGACUGUCAUCAUGGACCUCGUCGGCAAUCCGGUUGUCGCCUCGGACAGCACCUCCGAGCACCACGGCUGGCCAUUUGGUGACACGGCCACGCCAAUCAUCAACGCGCUGCUCAAGUACCUCUACCUGGCCUUUGUCAUUCUCCAGUUCAUCCUGGCUCUGGGUAAUCGUCCGAAGGGAUCCAAGUUCACCUACAUUGCCUCCUUCAUGCUCUUCGGCUUGGUCCAGGGUUACAUUCUCGUGCUCUCCGCUUACCUCGUCGCGCGAGCCUUUGACACGCCCAUCGAGGACCAGAUCAAGCUUGACUCGGGAGCGGACUUUGUCAAGAGUUUCUUUUCGGGAUCCGGUGCGGCCGGCGUCAUCAUCAUUGCCCUCAUCACCAUCUACGGAUUGUACUUCCUGGCAUCGUUCCUGUACCUGGACCCGUGGCACAUGUUCCACUCCUUCCCCUACUACCUCCUGCUUAUGUCGACGUACAUCAACAUUCUCAUGGUGUACGCCUUCAACAACUGGCACGACGUCUCAUGGGGCACCAAGGGAUCCGACAAGGCCGAAGCUCUACCGUCCGCGAAUAUAACCAAGGGCGAAAAGAACGAAGUGGUCGUGGAGGAAAUCGAAAAGGAGCAGGAAGACAUUGACAGCCAGUUCGAGCAGACGGUGCGCCGUGCCCUCGCCCCCUUCAAGGAGGAGGAGGAAGUGGAGAAGAAGGACGUCGAGGACUCGUACAAGUCUUUCAGAACCGGCCUGGUCGUGUCGUGGCUGUUCUCCAACAUUCUUCUGGUCAUUGUCAUUACUAGCGACAACUUCAACUCGUUUGGCAUCGGCAAAUCGGCGUCGGUCCGUACGGCCAACUUCUUCAAGUUCCUGCUGUACGCUACGGCGGUGCUGUCGCUUGUUCGGUUCUUUGGCUUCCUGUGGUUCUUGGGCAAGACUGGUAUCAUGUGCUGCUUCGCACGCAGAUAA